AUGGUUCAGCAAAAUCCCUCUCAGGGGGGCUCGAGGAAGAUCUCUUUCAACGUCUCCGAUCAGUAUGAGAUUCAGGAUGUCAUUGGUGAGGGUGCUUACGGUGUUGUCUGCUCUGCCAUUCACAAGCCUUCCGGCCAGAAAGUCGCCAUCAAGAAGAUCACUCCGUUUGAUCAUUCCAUGUUUUGCCUGCGGACUCUGCGCGAGAUGAAGCUGUUACGCUAUUUCAACCACGAGAACAUUAUCUCCAUCCUCGAUAUCCAAAGACCCCGCACCUACGACAGUUUCAACGAGGUUUACCUUAUUCAGGAGUUGAUGGAAACCGACAUGCACCGAGUGAUCCGCACACAAGACCUGUCUGAUGACCAUUGCCAGUAUUUCAUUUACCAGACUCUGCGCGCUUUGAAAGCUAUGCAUUCUGCCAACGUUCUGCAUCGCGACCUGAAACCAUCGAACCUGUUGCUCAACGCCAACUGUGACUUGAAAGUCUGCGACUUCGGCCUGGCCCGCUCUGCGGCAUCCACGGACGACAACUCGGGAUUCAUGACGGAAUACGUCGCCACUCGCUGGUACCGUGCGCCGGAAAUUAUGUUGACUUUCAAGGAGUACACCAAGGCCAUCGACGUCUGGAGUGUUGGAUGCAUAUUGGCUGAGAUGCUGAGCGGGAAGCCUCUGUUUCCUGGCAAGGAUUACCACCACCAGCUGACACUCAUCCUGGACGUUCUGGGAACCCCCACGAUGGAGGAUUACUAUGGCAUCAAAUCCCGCCGUGCUCGAGAGUACAUUCGCUCUCUGCCUUUUAAGAAGAAGAUUCCCUUCAAGGCACUUUUCCCUAAGAGCAAUGACCUGGCUCUCGAUUUGCUGGAGAAGCUUCUUGCCUUCAACCCCACCAAGCGCAUCUCCGUCGAGGAGGCCCUUCGUCACCCGUAUCUGGAGCCCUAUCAUGACCCUGACGAUGAGCCUACUGCUCCUCCGAUCCCGGAAGGGUUCUUCGACUUUGACAAGAACAAGGAUACGCUAAGCAAGGAACAACUGAAGACUCUCAUAUAUGAGGAAAUCAUGCGGUAG